AUGGUUUUCCAAAUCUACGACGGGAAUAACUCUCAAAAGCGCAAAAACGCUGCCGUAAUGAAGGAUGGCUCUUCCUCCGUCUUUCAGAUUCGCCUUUGGGCGGUGUUUCUUUUCACAGCUUUACUUGGAUCGGUAUCGAUUCUACUAACGCUCUCCAGCGCUUUCACUAAUCAGAUUAAUUUCUGCUCAGAGUCUGCUCGGCAAUAUGAACCAGGGCCAGUUUCUUGGAGACAAAGCGCCAUGGCAUUUCAAGCAGUCAAAGCCCAUCAAAAAUUCACGGAAAAGAGUAUUCAGCGGGAAAUGCCAGUCACCCUUGCGCAGGCCCAUCCCACUUCAUCAAUGAUACUUAUUCGCGCUCUGGGCAACGCCUUACCGCCGAGACAUAGUACGCAGCAAACUUUGGAAAAUCUUGACUUCAUUCUGGCGCACGAAGAGUCGUUUCCCAACACAACACGACACUGGUUUGUCAAUCGCUUCGUCGAUCCCGAGGUGGAACGACUAGUCCUGGACCGACUUCAGAAGGCUAACGAAUCCUACACUGUCAUUCCAUUUGACUUGCAGGUCUACGACAAAAUUGAAUACGCAUAUGAUCGGAUCCCCAAGGACCAGAUUCAUCUCCCUCCUGAAACAAUAGAAGGGGAGGGACUCACGGAGAAGGAAAUACUUCUUGCCGAAGAGCAGAUACAGCAUGACAAGAUUCUAUAUGUCAUCAAUAUUAAUGGGGUCAGGAAUGCCAUGCUAGACUACGGCCGCAAACAUUCCAGUGCUGAAUACAUUCUUCCUUGGGACGGUAACUGUUUCAUGACGCGAAAGGCGUGGUCUUCGAUCCAGUCGUCUUUGGCCGAAAAUCCGCUUGCCAGGUACUUCACAACGCCCAUGGAUCGACUCCAAGAGCCCAACGAAGCUCUACUAUCGGAUAUGUACGUGCCCAAUGCGGUGGAAGAGCCGCAGAUCAUUUUUCAUCGAUCGGCUCGGUCCGAAUUUAAUGAAAAACUUCGGUAUGGACGAAGAAACAAAGUUGAGCUGCUUUUGAGGCUUGGUGUGUCGGGGCCUUGGGACAAAUGGCCGUGGUUGGAUAGUGAGAAGGCAAUUCUGGAUCCAGCCCACGCUUCUGACGCUGUUGGCGAUGUACCAGUAGCUGGUUGGAUAACGCGGCUGUAUUCAGGAACCAAAGCUGCCGAAGUAUCUGGUACAAUUCGUUUUCGAGGCAUACUUCGAAGCCAUGCCGUCACAUCGCUUCUGGAACGGCUUGACCUUCGAGCUGCACAAGACAUACACGGCUUGACUUCUUCAACAUUACUUUUCUUCAACGAAAAGCAAUUGAUGGGGGAGCGCAACCUCUGGAAGGCAGGUGAGCAGAAAGAAGUCUUUCGAGAGCUAGUGCAACUGGCUGACCAAGCGCUACUGUUUGGACCUUGGUCGGUUAUGGAUAAGCAGCCUUACGGCUGUGGUGUAUCGGGAAAUUGUCAUGAAUAUUUUCACCCGUCGCCGUACAGGUGGCCACAGAGGAAUGAAUCUGGACACAUCGACUGGUCGAAACCGUUUGAGCGGCAUGACGGUAUGCGUGCGCCCGGUACAUCCCUCUUUAGCGCCGGAAGUGAGCAGUAUGAUCGAUCUGGUUUGGCUGCAAUGAAGUACAACACUACACUGCUUGCUUUGGCGUAUUCGUUGACAGAGAACAAGGCUUAUGCUGACAAGGCAGCCAGUAAUCUUCGACACUGGUUUCUAAAUAAUGCAACGCGCAUGAAACCACACAUCAACUAUGCCCAGGUAAAUUGGAGGGCACAUGGAAAGGCAAAGGGUGCAUCUGCUGGUCUUAUUGAAAUGAAAGAUGUGUACUUCUUCUUGGAUGCAGUCAAAAUUGUGGAAAAAUCCCAAGCGCUAUCGGCGUCGGAACAGAGCCUUCUGCGCAAAUGGUUUGCGGACUAUCUCAAAUGGGUGCUCUCUAGUUGGCAGGGUCAAAGAGAGUAUGCAAAUGACAACAACCAUGGCCUGUACUAUGAUGUCCAGGUUGCACCACUUGCCUUGUAUGCUGGCAACAUGUCAUUGGCAUUGUCGAGAAUGCACCGGUCAGUGUCGCGUCUCUUGGCCCAUGUAGAUACAACAACUGGUGCUCUCCCCCACGAGCUGAUUCGUCCAACAUGCGAGCACUAUCAGGCCUUCACUCUGCAGGGGUGGGCAACCAUGGCACGCAUGAGCGAAAAGAUUGGUCUGGACUACUGGAGUCGCUUCCGCGACGAGGCAACCAAUGAGAGUAUUCUAUGUCGAGCAAUGCGGUACGCGAACCCCUACUUGCGAAAGCGAGAGACAUGUCCUGGGAACUCACAAAGUGAGGACAUGCGCCGUUGGUGGCCGUUGCUAGUGGAUUCUUCACAUUACUGUCCUGAUCUCGUCAACGACGGGUUGUUCAAUGUGAGUGACUGGAUUCCGUCAGAGCUUGUGAAUCCCAGCCUAGAUCGCUAUUCAAUGCCACCUAUGUACGACUAUGGUGAUGGAAUUGCUCCAUUCUGGAAUGCGGGAUAUCAUUCGUAAACAUAGUAAAGGUGAUCAUAUU